AUGGACGCGUAUUGCAAUGAGAUAAGAAAGCUCGAGGCCAAGUUCUACGGCCUAGUGUUCCACCAUGUCCUCAGGGACUAUAACAUUGCUGCAGAUGUCCUCUCCAAGCUUGGAUCCAAACGAGCUCUUGUCUCGGCAGGAGUAUUUGUCCAGGCACUCAACAGCCCUACAGUGAAGCUCGAGGAGGAUCCCCCCAACAAGCCAGACUUGGUACCAGCCGAGGGCCAAGAAGUACUCGUCAUCGAGUCUGACUGGCAAACACCCAUCAUCGACUUCAUCGUCCACAACAAGUCUUACCCCAAGAAGAAGGAACACGAAAAACUCUCCAGUUACAUCACCAUCGGCAACAACCUGUUCAAGCACUCGGCUUCUUCAGGGAUGCUGAGCAAGUGCAUCUCCCAAAGCGACGGAGUAGCUCUACUCAGUGAGACCCACUUGGGCAUCUAUGGGAGCCAUGCAGGAGCUUCCACCCUGGUGGGAAAAGCCUUCAGGUCCAGCUUCUACUGA